AUGGCUGGAAACACCGCAGUGUUGGUGAAAGAUGUGAAUAGACAAAUGUUCACAGAGCCCUCUGGUCAACUCAAGUGUCCAAGGAACAUUCUAUUCUCCGGAAAAAUGAGCAUCAGCGUAGAUCAAGAAAUGGACUAUGCAGAACUGGUUCUAUCUGUAGGAGAAAUCACACUUGGAGAGAAGAAUAGGAAGUUAAUGAAAGACGCUCAACCGAGAAGAAGAGAAGCCCAAAAUAUCUCACAGGCUGUGUGUACUCUGCUGAAUUCUGGAGGGGGCGUGGUCAAGGCUCACAUUAAGAAUUCCAAUUACAGCUUCACCAGAGAUGGAAUAGGGAUGGAUUUGGAAAAAUCUUUUGGUGAUAUUCUUCCAUUUCCUCAUAAAUACUUAAACUACAUGCAGAAGAAAGACUACUUUUUAAUUUUUGUGAAACCAUGGAUCGGGAAUAUCUUUGGUCAGCAUGUCCUCACCUUGAAAACUAAUUUUUAUGUGAGAAGCUUUUCAUUCUCAGUUGAACUGAAAAUGCCUGAUGCAGUGAAAUUCCUCAAAAUCAUGAAGAAUUCUGAACUGAAAUCAUGUUUAAGACAAAGUUUGCCUGGAAAAUUGGACUCUGAUGAAAUUCUUGCCACAUUUUUUAACAAGGAAGAAUUGACUUACAAGGAGACAUUCUGUUUCACUAAAUCCAAACUUGCUGAAGUUAAAAUGUCCCCUAAAGAAAAGAUUAUAGAGAUUCUCCCUAAAAUUGUGUCUGCAUUUGCAAACACUGAUGGGGGAUAUUUGUUCAUUGGCUUAGAUGGGGAAAAACAGCAAAUCAUUGGUUUUGAAGCAGAGAAGAGCGAUCUUGAUCAUCUAAAGAGUGAAAUACAGAAGUGCAUCCAACAGCUGCCUGUCACUCACUUCUGUGAGGAGCAGGAGAAGAUAAAGUACACAUGCAAAUUCAUCCAGGUCCACAGACCUGGAGCUGUGUGUUCCUAUGUCUGUGCACUGAGAGUGGAGAGAUUCUGCUGUGCUGUGUUCGCUGCAGGGCCUGAUUCCUGGCAUGUGGAAGACGGCUGUGUGAAGAGGUUUACCACAGAGGAAUGGGUCAAGCUCCAGAUGGACACCCCACCAGUGGUGUCUAAAAAAGUGACAUGCUCUCCAGAAGCCCUCUUCAUGGAAUUCUUCUCAGAACAUGAAAGAUAUGGGAAGUUACUUCAUACAGAGGUGGGCUCUCUUCGUCAAGGAACGCUGGUCAUCUCUAAGAGCUGGGCUUUGGGUAUUGACUUGCCAGAGAAGCAAGAAGUCAUCUUGGAUGUGCUUCACAUUUCUCAGGACAGUCUCUUGACCCUGCACAGCUUUGUCCGGGGAGAUGAGGAGAUAGAAGGCGACAGCGCUGUUCUGACAGAUCUAGGUGCUAAGUUAAAGAACUAUUGUAAACAAACUGCGCUAACUUUAAAGCAGAUGCUCGUAAAUCUUGGUGGUUACACCGGGAACAUAGGUUUUGCGAUAAAGAUAACGUACUUGGGUCAUAGGGCAGUGUCUCUAUAUGAUUCUAGUUCGAUAAUAAGUUACCCCAGAAACUAUUAUCUAACAACCAAGACAGCAAGGGACCUAGUGAAGGCUCUUGCUCAAGACUUAGGGGCAGCGUACCAAGGUAAAACUGUACUGAUCAGUUUACCACUGAAAUUUUAA